AUGGCGAGCUGGCAUGAAAGAGACUGCAGGCGGCCAGAUGUCGUGCUGAUGGAAAAUACCCCCACUUGCAUCAGCUGCGGCUCACUCUUCCUCGAAUACGAGGACGAGGCACAGGAGCAGUUGAGCAAGCAGACUGCGGUGGUUGAUAAAGCCUCUCCCCUCCUCAACCUCGAUUGGCCGUCCUCCAUCACUUUCUCCGGGCCAGACGACGUCACGGAUCCGGACCUUAAGAAGAUUCUACUGGAUCUAGAUCGAUAUGCCGAAGUCGCCGACCUAGACACGGCUUCGGAAAUGACACCCUCAGAAUAUGAGGAUUUCAUGGAAGAGCACACUGCAACAGGAACCGAAGUCGAGCAGAGCACAGCAGCAGGGAACUUGCAGGAUAGCUCGGAGCCUCUUACAGGUGAUGCACCCAGAGACGACUACGGAACGCACACAUCCACCGAGAAUUUGGAUCUAGACGUCCCUCCAGAAAAACUUGAACCAGACGCCACCAGUCAAAAUGACGUUUACCGUUCGUUGGUAGGCACUGAUGAGAUCCGUCUCCUUCAUCUGGAUUCCUAUGACACCGUAUCACAGCCCCUGCAUGGAUUUCUUAGGCCGACGAAGUUAUCACAGCGACCAGAUUACGUCGCAUUGUCCUACACAUGGGCAGAUACGAAAGGUGACAGGACGUUGUGCGAGAAGGUCUUUCUCGGAAACGCAUGGACGCCAUUCGCAAUUACAAGCAACUGCGCGGCCGCACUUCGCCGGCUGCGAUUGAGAGGGGGGACACGCGUUGUUUGGAUAGAUGCAGUCUGCAUUGAUCAGACCAAUAUUGGGGAACGGUCUCACCAAGUUUCAAUGAUGAGAGAUAUUUAUUCACGGGCCGAGUCGGUGGCGAUAUACCUUGGCGGGGACACGGGGCAGGAUGUCGACACCCCAGCAGGCCGGCUUAUGCAGAGGCUGUCUGAUGAACGCUUUCGCGCCGGAAAGGCAGUAACAGACAAUUGGGGUGGCGGUUUUGAUUACCACGGGAUUUGUGAUCUUUUUGGCCAACCAUAUUGGUCACGAAUUUGGGUGAUCCAAGAGGUGUUAUUGGCCAAAAAAGCCAACAUCAUUCUGGGGGACGCGAGCAUUUCCUUGCAUGAGUUCACCAACAACUUCAUGAAAAAACUUCCUGAUUCUAUUGGUUCUUUGCUGCCUCUAUGGAUUUACUCGCUGGGCGGUUCCCGCUCUGGGGACGUGGAUGCAUUUACCAACCUCCUGGACAAGACUUCGGCUUGCCAGGCCUCAGACGAACGAGACAUGGUCUUUGCUUUAUUCGGACUUGUGCAGGGCGCGAGUCUCGAGGGUUUGGUGGCUGAUUAUUCGAAGACGAUGACAGAGAUCUACACUGGUCUUGCGGCGUACUUCUUAAUACGCCACGGACAGUCAGUACUUCUCAAAGCCGCUGCGUCUGCGGCUACGUCUGCGGCUGCAGCUGCAGAGUUCCGGAGUCAAGGCUCCAAACAUCCGACGUUCAAAGUUCCAAGAUUAAUGGUACCAGAGCUUAAUAUACAAAGUUCCCCAGGACGAGACACGGACAACUACCCAUGGCACCCCGAAUUGGCAUCAUGGAUUCCAUUUGCGAAGUCUCCAGAUCCACAUGAGACCGAGCUCUUCAAGGACAGAGAUCCUCCCACUUUUGAUAAAUGGUGCGAAAUUCUCGCCAUGGACGACAAGAGACAAGGUCGCAAUAAAUACUAUCAACUGACUGAAGUGCAGCCAAGGAGCUGUGAGGCACUUCAGGCAUCGCUCAAUACUUACAAGGUAUUUCGGAAUCAUGGCACUCUGCUCAUUCGAGCAUCACCCGUUGUUCACAUAUCGUAUGCGGGUUCUGCGCUGUUGCACGGAGCUUUCACUUGUUCGACCAAGAGGAUAUUUGGUGGCAACAUGAGUAUACUCACAUCCACCGGAACACCAAUGACAUGGGAAAUCUGUGCCUAUACCAAUGCCUGGCCUGCUAGAGAUGAUGAUUGGAUUAUCGAAGCUCCCGGAUGCGACACCUUGUUACAUCUCAAGCCGUCCGGGAGAGUGCCCGGAACGUACAAGAUUGCCUCAUUGUCCUCGGUCCUCUUGAUCAGGAAUUAUAAUACACCAGAAACUUCGAACUCGAGUAACCAGUAUGGACCGGUAUCCAAGGAUACGCUAUCCUCUGCCCGGGAUGCAGCUCGGGACUACAGAUUCUGGAUGCCGCUUAUUUCGUGUGAUCUACAACAUCUGCUAUUCCUCAGGCAGUGGGAAUCAAUCACUCGAUCGGACAAUUUGGUGGCCCCACGCCAGUCAGGGCCUGACGAUUCACCACUCGAGUUAUCACCGGAGAUAUUGGAGAAAUAUGGUCGGUGGUUGGAACUCAUACCCGCACCCGACUCUGGGGAUGGGUUGCACCCCGACGAUUUUGACUCCGUGGUGAGAACUGUAUCACUCUACUUGGAAAGGUGGGACCAUGGCCAUAUCUGGUCGAGAAUACACGAUAUCGUGGUUGAAGUUCCCUGGCAAGCCAUGCUGCAGGUGCUGGCGGAUGUCAAGGCCGAGGUCUGGCAAUACCUCGCCACGAGGAACCAGAUCAGGACUGGCCAUGGAGAACCAUGUGACACAUUUCGUUGGAGACAUAGACUUCAAGAGCUUUUCGACGACCUCCUUGGCCGGCUCCCAAACAUUCAUCUGCAAGCUACUGAGGGCAUACAGUCCCUAGGGAGCUUCAUGUCGACGGACACGUGUGUGUCAUUGCUCAACAGCAUCAUCAACAUACCGGAUUCCUGGAGUCUGGACAAGAUUCGGACCAAAGAGGCCAAGAUAUUCAAAAACUGGACGGCAGUGGAAUCGUGUUGGGAAUUCAUGGAGCGGUCGAAAGCUGACUGUCAUGCGUUGCGAGGCAAAUUUGAUCAGCUGCGUGCUCUGAAGCGGCUCUGCAGGAGGGAGCAACGAGACUUCUUGAUAUGCUAG